UAGUUUAGCCCUGUAGACAGAGCGAGCGAGAGAGCUAGGGAGGGAGUGCGCACGGACAGUGUUGCGAUUACUGUCAGCAAUGUAACAGUUCAGUCAUCAAUGGACAGAGUACACGUCGCCUACAGACAGUAGUCUAGCGUCUUCCAAUUUACUUUUAUUUCCGUUAUGAAACGGAGAGAAGUAUAAUUAAAUCCUGCUACUAUACCUAGUUUCGUUUUCAUCGUUUAUAUGAGAAAUUGAGAAUGGACACAAUGUUGUAUUAGUGCGUUCUAUUGAUUAUACUCCAAUAGGAUUCCUAUUUGUCGAGUAAGAUUUGUUUUUAUCUCAAACCUAAAUGGAGUAUUGGAGGCAGUGCGCAUUAUGGCUGAUCAACUGCAAGGUGCUUCCACCCGACCAUCGGGUAACAUGGGAUUCUGCUCAGGUAUUCGACCUGGCUCAGACCCUCCGAGAUGGAGUGCUCCUGUGUCAACUUCUCAACAACCUCCGACCCCAGUCCAUCAACCUCAAAGAGAUCAACCUCCGACCUCAGAUGUCACAGUUCCUGUGCUUGAGGAACAUCCGGACGUUCCUCGCUGCGUGCUGUGAGACAUUUGGCAUGAAGAAGACUGAACUCUUUGAGGCCUUCGACUUGUUUGAUGUGCGGGACUUUGGAAAGGUUAUGGACACAUUGUCCAAACUGUCCAGCACAACGAUUUCAGAACAAACUGGUAUAAAGCCUUUUCCUUCAGAGGAGAGUCUAGAAGAAGACGAAGACAUCUAUAGCCAUCUGGUGGAUCUGAUUGAUGAGAAAGCUGUGGAGGAUGAAGAGGAUCUGUAUGACUGUGUCUACGAUGAUGAAGAUGGUGAUGAGAUCUACGAAGAUCUGAUGAAGGCUGAGGCUGUUCCUCCUCCUCUGAAGCAGGUAGAGACAGACAUAAGGAGCUGCUGUCUGACAGAGAUCAAUCAGACUGAGGAGAAGUACACAGAGACUCUGGACUCCAUAGAGAAGUAUUUUAUGGCACCUCUUACCACCUUCCUGUCCUCGGAGGAGAUGGAGAAAGUGUUUGUCAACAUUCCGGCUCUGGUUAAAGUUCACAAGACUCUGAAUGUGGCGAUACAAGACUCUGUCUGCCAUAGAAGUGCCCAGAACCUCUACCAGAUCUUCAUUAACUACAAAGAGAGGUUGCUAAUAUAUGGGAAAUACUGUAGCCAUGUAGAAACGGCCAUCAUUGCUUUGGAUGUCAUCUGCAAAGACAGGGAAGAUGUCCGAAUGAAGCUGGAGGAAUGUGCAAAGAGAGCCAACCAUGGCAAGUUUACACUGAGAGAUCUGCUGGUUGUCCCGAUGCAGCGGGUACUGAAGUAUCCCCUUCUUCUACAGGAAUUAGUGAAACACACUCACGACGCAGGUGACAAGAGCAAUUUGCGGAUGGCCCUGGAUGCCAUAAAGGACCUGGCCCAGUACAUCAAUGAAGUGAAGAGAGACAACGAAACCCUGAGAGACAUAGCCCAGUAUCAGAAAUCCAUUGAAAACCUUAAUCAGCCUCUUAGUGUGUAUGGCAGACCGAAAGGAGAUGGAGAGGUACGCUUCGCCUCCGGCGACAAACGUGCCAAACAGGACCGGCACAUCUUCCUGUUCGAUGCAGCUGUGAUCCUCUGUAAGAGGAGAGGAGACAACUACGAGAUGAAGGAGGUGAUCACCCUGUAUCACUUCAAGAUCACUAACAACCCCACGUCAGACAAGGAGACCAGAAAGUGGUCCUAUGGGCUCUACCUAGCACACGACCAGGGGCAGAGCGGCUUCGAGUUCUUCUUCAAGACCAAGGAGCUGAGGAAGAAGUGGCUGGAGCAGUUUGGCAUGGCCAUAUCCAACAUCCGUCCAGAGAACGGCACCAGUAACUCCCACGAGUUCAAGAUGCACACCUUCGACAGAAUCACAUCCUGUAGCUACUGCCACAUGCUGCUAAGGGGCAUCUUUAACCAGGGGUACCUGUGCUCCAAGUGUGGUAUUGGAGCCCAUAAGGAAUGUCUGGGGAGGUUUGGUAGCUGUGGAAAAACAGAUCCGGGCGCCUUGAAAACACAGGAAAAACCCGUGCACGGAGGGCGCUCAGAUCCAGGUCUACCUAAGAUGUUGGUGACCAGGAACUAUUUCGGCGUGCCCAGUCCCAUGUGUGGUCCGCCCCUCAACAUUCAGCAAGGUGACAUCAUCGAGCUCGUCUGUGCUGAUCUACACAGCACUUGGUGGCAGGGCAAAAUCGUGAAAACAAGAGAAGUUGGCUUCUUUCCAAGCAGUGCCGUGAAGCCGUGCCCAUGUGUCCCUAAACCUGUCGACUACUCCACACAACCCUGGUUUGCUGGGCCCAUGGAGAGACUGCAGGCUGAGGCAGAGCUGAUUAGCAGAGGCAACAGCACUUACCUGGUCCGCCACCGGAGCCGCGAGCUCACAGAGUACGCCAUCAGCAUCAAGUACAGCAACGACGUGAAGCACAUCAAGAUCCUGAACAGGGACGGCUGCUUUCACAUCGCAGAGAACAACAAGUUCGGGAGUAUAUUAGAACUGAUUGAGUACUAUCAACAUUACUCCCUGAGGGAAGGCUUCCGAAGCCUGGACACCACACUGCAGUUCCCCUACAGAGAGCAGGAGAGCCCCGCUGCUAUGCUCUGCACCAACAAACCUGGAGGAAAGAUGUUCACCCCUAAGGUGAUAGGUGUGGCGAAAGCCCGCUAUGACUUCAGCUCCAGGGACACCAGAGAGCUGUCUCUACAGGAGGGAGACGUGGUUAAAAUCUACACCAAGUCAGGAGCCAAUGGCUGGUGGAGGGGAGAGGUCAACGGCAGGGUGGGCUGGUUUCCAUCUACCUACGUGGAGGAAGGAGAGGAAUGAGUCAUGGAGAAAAGAGGAAAAUACAGAGAGACGGAGAGACCGACAGAGUGAACCGAUUGGCUGUUCGGCCUGAACUGGACAUUCUAUGGCUUAUCUGAUUGCUCGCUGAGAACUUGACAUUCUAUGGUUGACCCUCCUAUUGGCUGUUGCCUCAAUAACGACCCAGAAUCCUCCUGGGAGAAUAGAGGGUUCCUCGAUGGAAUAGUGACUGGUUGUCUCUGGUCUGCCUCUUCAACAGACCAGCAGCUUGGCUGUCAGCAUGGGAAGGACCUUUGCAAGAACCAAGAUCCCUACUUCCGUCAAUCCCUCUCCCCUAACUCAGCUACUGCAGGUUGUCUCUUAAAUGCCGCACAUCCGUUCAUCCAUCCAUCCAUCCAUCUGCACCACUCAGGAUAUAGCUAAGACUGUCUAAAAGGAAAGAGAAAAGAGAGAGCGAGAGAAGAGACUGAGAGAGGAGGCAGGGAUUUGCCACACCGCAGGGCUUUGUCUGUCCUGACCUUGCCUGUGUUGCUCUGUUCCACUUACCUUGGUGAUUAUUGAUGACUUGAUGCAGCGGCAUCCCCAUACACACACACACACACACACACAUACACGGCUGGAAACGCUGUCAUGAAACACCUCCCAAACCACUCCCCACAGAUUACAAUAACUGAACACAACACACAUUCUCCCCUACAAACCUCACGGUGUUGUGUUGUCUUUGCUAUUAGCCUCCCCAUGUUCUCAACUCUCCAGCUGUUCAGCAGGCUGGGUACGGGGCUGUCGCUGUGUGUUGAUUUGAUAGGGGUCUGGCUGGUUUCUGAGGGAACAAGCUAGUGUUGCCAUGCUACCCUACGACUCUCUCUCUCAAUUCAAUUCAAUUCAAGGGGCUUUAUUGACUUGGGAAACAUAUGUUAACAUUGCCAAAGUAAGUGAGGUAGAUAAUAUACAAAAGUGAAAUAAACAAUAAACAGUAAACAUUACACUCACAGAAGUUCCAAA